GGGCGGUUGGUUCGUUCACUAGCUUGCUGCGGCCGCGGCGAUGGCGGCCACCGCCUGUUUCUGCUCGAGCCCCCUCGCGUGGGCGCGGCCUCGCGACGCUCCCGCUCCCGCCCCGCGCGUCGGCUGGUGUCGCGCGUACGCCCCCACGGUCGUGGUCGCGGCGUCUGACGCGGCGUUCCACCCGGACGUGUCCCGCGCGGCGGAGUCGCUGCAGGCGGAGUUCCGCGCCGUCGACCGCGCCCUCGCCCUCAACUCUUCCCGCGUCGCGGCCGCCUUUCGCCGCGCUCGCGUCGCGCCGCACCAUUUCGGCGGGUCGACGGGGUACGGCCACGACGACGGCGGCGGCCGGGAGGCGCUGGACGCCGUCUUCGCCGAAAUCGUUGGCGCCGAGGCCGCCAUUGUGCGCCCCCAGUUCUUCUCCGGCACGCACGCCAUUGCCUGUGCACUGUUUGCGCUUCUGAGGCCUGGGCAUGAGCUCCUGGCGGUUGCUGGGCCUCCGUACGACACCUUAGAGGAGGUGAUUGGGAUAAGGGGGUCGGCCAACGUAGGAUCACUCAAGGACUUUGGAGUGGCGUACCGAGAAGCUCCGCUCGCAGCAGAUGGUGGCCUUGAUUGGGAAGCCCUUGCUUGUGCCAUCAGACCAGAAACUGGAUGUGCCUUCAUACAGAGAUCUUGUGGGUACUCAUGGCGCAAGAGCUUAAGCGUAGCAGAUAUUCAGAGAGCUAUAAGUUUGAUCAAGAUGCAAAAUCCAAACUGCAUGGUGAUGGUUGACAAUUGCUAUGGUGAAUUCGUUGAGACAUCCGAACCUGCAAUGGUGGGAGCAGACUUGAUUGCUGGUAGUUUAAUAAAGAAUCCGGGUGGAACUAUUGCGCCUUGUGGUGGUUAUGUUGCUGGGAAGAAACAUUUGGUUGAAGCAGCUGCAGCUCGCCUAUCUGCACCUGGCCUUGGGGUGGAAUUUGGGUCAACACCUGGCCAUGUUAUGCGUUCACUGUUUCAAGGCUUGUUUCUUGCUCCACAAAUGGUUGGAGAAGCAAUAAAAGGAGGUUUGCUAAUUGCGGAAGUCAUGUCAGCCAAAGGCUACAGAGUUCAACCGCUUCCAAGGGUUCCUCGCCAUGAUAUUGUGCAGGCAGUGGAGCUUGGCAACAGGGACAGACUCAUAGCAUUCUGUGAAGUGGUACAGCAAACUUGCCCAGUAGGAUCUUUUGUUAAACCAACUGCUGGGGAAACUCCUGGUUAUGCUUCAGAGGUCAUUUUUGCCGACGGGACAUUCAUAGAUGGAAGCACAAGUGAACUAUCAUGUGAUGGACCCUUGAGAGAUCCAUAUGCUGUCUUCUGCCAGAAACGUACUGGUGCAGGGAGGAACACAUUGGACACAGUGGGCACUUGUCCUCACUGAAGUUCUGAAGGUCAUAUAACUGUGCGGUCCACGUUUCUGGAAUGGACAGGCCCUUUUCCUAACUAUACUUUGAUUACUGGGAACUCGAUAUUGGUUGAACUGAUUACCUGGUAAUCUUCAUUAUUUGUUACUUUAAACUUACCUUCAGUUCUGCUGUAAUUUCCACUAUCUGUACAUCUUCAGGUUAUCAACAGAUCUGUUUCAAGUGGGAUUCAUGGCUUAAUUGUUGAAACCAUGUUGACAGAUCGGAGGGGAAGUAGUGGCAGAUAGAAUAGACUCUUUCGAAGGUUUAGUGGCAAAGUUUUGCAACUUGAUUUUUUUAAUGGCAGAUUGAGUUAGGUCGAAAUAGGGGCAAAUAUGCAAUUAGCCUUUUUUCCCCCUCUUAAGAUUGGCCAUGAAACAAAUAUGUACCAAAAUACUAGGAGAUCAUACUCUUCACUUUCCUUUCUACAGAAUGUAGGGCAACGAAGUAUUUGUAAAUGCAAUCAGAGACAGAUA